AUGGAUGUAGAUGUAGAACUCGAAGCUUUACGAGGUGAUGAAAUUAUUCUUCUUCUGCGUGGCGAUGACUCUGAACUAUCAGAUGACAAAAUUGUUUCGGAUGAUGAACGUGACUAUGAUCCAUCAGUACAGCAAGUAUUGCCUCUACAGACAGAACCUGAACUGGACAGUUUGGAGGAAGCUCUUACUAAUGAUGAAACUCUCCUAUCCGUACGGCUUGAAACUUUAGGUGCAGGAAAUGCAAAUUCCCUGAGAUAUACGUGGAUAUGCAAGGAUCUUGAGGCUAUGGAUGUUCAAUGUGCUGUGCAGUUUUCUGAUCCACCAAGUGAAAAGCGUUCUCCCCUCCAAUAUUUUGAAAGUUUUAUUGAUGAGACUGCAAUUGACAAUUUAGUAACGCAGACAAAUCUAUACUCUACUCAAGUGUUGGGACAAAGUAUAAACACUAGUGCCAAUGAAAUGAGACAGUUCAUUGGCAUUCAUUUACUAAGUGGUAUUGUGAGUUCGUCGAGUUACAAGAUAUAUUGGGCAAAUGAGACAAGGUAUAAUCAGAUUGCUGACGUGAUUCCACUCAGUCGAUUUUACAAGUUGAAGAGGUAUUUGCUUGUGAACGACAAUGCAAAUAUAUUACUCAGGGAUGAUCCUCGUCAAGAGAAGUUGUUCAAGGUCAGGCCAUUUUUAGAUCAACUAAAGAACAAUUUUCUAAAAACCGAAGUUGAAGAAUACAACAGUAUUGACGAACUUAUUAUUCUGCUAAAACCACAUACAUCUCUGCGCCAGUACAUAAAAUCAAAGCCACACAAAUGGGGCAUGAAAGUAUUUUCUCGAGCUGGUGUAAGUGGUUACAUUUAUGAUUCUGAAGUGUGUGUUGGGAAGGGAACAAACACUGCAAGUAAUCCUGAGUUAGGAAUGAGUGGAAACGUAGUGAUUCAGCUGAUUGAGAACUCGCCUAGGCACGCCAAUUUUAAACUCUUUAUGGACAACUAG